CCCAUUCUUCACAAAUAUUAUCAGUCAGGAGACCUCAUGAUUGCUGGCAUCAUGUCUCAGGUCUAUACAUUCAUAAACAAGAUAACAUUCAAAGAACGUCCCUCUGCUAAACUCUUUGAUGACCCGAUCCAUUUCGUUGCAAGCUGGACCUAUCAUGGCUCCAUGGAGCUGCUGUCUGGAUGGGGCAGACUCAUCCCCAACUAUAAGUGUGGUGUUGAGAACAGUCCAGUAGCCGUCAUCGGGGGACCAAAUUCUGACAUCUGUCUCCACAUGGCAACGGUCCUGAGUAUCUACAAGAUGCCACAGUUCAUCUAUGGCUCUUCUCCUAUGCUGAGUAACCACAUCCAAGAAGAGUUCUUUCACCGAAUGUUCCCUGAUGUGGCUCAUCAGUAUAAUGGGAUUCUCCAGCUACUGCUGCAUUUCAGCUGGAUGUGGAUUGGAGUGGUGACUCUGAGUGAUGACAAUGGAGAGAGAUUUGUACAAAACGUCCUUCCCAUGUUUGCCGCAAGAGGUAUUUGCUGUGAUUAUACAGAAACAUUUCCCAAACUAACCUUUUCAGGUGAGUCUAUGGAAAUGGUGGAAGAAGGUUCUAAAAUAAUCAGUGUUAUUAUGGGCAGCACCGCCAAUGUCGUGGUUGUGAUUGGUGAAAUUCACACCAUGAUGGCACUGAGAGUAAUGCCCACCUUGGCAGAAACAAUGAAUAUGCCUGUGGAAAUCAAGGCAAAAGUCUGGAUUAUGACUGCCCAGAUGGAUUUUACAUCGUUUUCCUUUCAAAGAAAUUGGGACAUACGCUUUCUCCAUGGUGCCAUUUCGUUUGCAGUUCAUUCAGCUAAUCAUCUAGGAUUCCAGAAAUUUCUUCAAAAGAGAAACCCUGUCACAGAAAGGGAGGAUGGCUUCAUCAGAACUUUCUGGGAAAAGGCAUUUCUUUGUUCUUUUGAAAAGAAAGACAAUGAUCUCUGCACUGGGACAGAGAAGCUUGAGACUCUUCCUGGGUCUGUCUUUGAAAGGAGCAUGACUGCCCACAGCUACAGCAUCUACAAUGCAGUCUUGGCAGUGGCACAUGCUUUACAAAACAUGCAUUUCUCCAGAUUCAAACACAGUGUAAUGAUGGAUGAACUAAGAGGGACUAGGCUGGAUCCACAGCCAUGGCAGCUCCACCACUUUCUGAGAGGCAUCUCAUUUAACAAUAGUGCCGGGAAAGAGGUUUCAUUUAGCCAGAAGGGGGAUUUGGUAACUGAAUUGGAUAUCAUCAACUGGAUCACAUUCCCAAAUGACUCCUUUUUCAGAGUUAAGGUCGGAAUGAUGAACCCCCAGGCUCCCCCAAGCAAGAGACUCUCCAUUCAUGAUGAUACCAUCACAUGGCCCAUCAGGUUCAACCAGGCACAACCCCUUUCUCUGUGCAAUGAGAAUUGCCAAUUGGGCUACAGUCGGACCAAGAAGGAAGGGAAGCUGCCUUGCUGCUAUGAUUGCAUCCCGUGCCCAGAAGGGAAGAUUUCGGAUCAGAAGGACAUGGAUGACUGUUUUGAAUGCUCUGAAGAUCAGUAUCCAAACAGUGACAAGAAUGGAUGCCUUCCAAAAGAUAAAACUUUCUUGUCUUAUGGAGAACCGUUGGGGAUCAGCCUGGCCACUUUUGCUGUCUGCUUUUCUUCCAUCACAGCUGCAGUGCUUGGAAUAUUCAUGAAACACAAGGCGACUCCCUUAGUCAAAGCCAACAACAGGAACCUCACCUACGCUCUCCUGCUCUCUCUUCUCCUCUCCUUCCUUUGUGCUUUGCUCUUCAUUGGCCAACCUAACAAGCUGACAUGCAUCCUACGGCAAACUGCUUUUGGCAUGAUCUUCUCCGUUGCCAUUUCAUGCAUAUUGUCCAAAACCGCCAUUGUGGUUCUGGCUUUCAUGGCCACCAAGCCUGGCUCCAGCAUGAGGAAGUGGCUGGGGAAACCAUUGGCCAGCUCCAUUGUUCUUUCCUGCUCCCUUAUUCAAGCCACAAUCUGUAGCAUAUGGCUGGCAACUUCUCCUCCUUUCCCAGACGUUGACAUGCACUCAAGGACUGAAGAAAUAAUACUAGAAUGUAAUGAAGGCUCCACUCUUAUGUUUUAUUGUGUCCUGGGAUUCAUGGGUUGGCUGGCCAUUGUGAGCUUCACGGUGGCUUUCCUAGCUAGAAAGUUGCCGGACAGUUUCAAUGAAGCCAAAUUCAUCACCUUCAGCAUGUUGGUCUUUUGCAGUGUGUGGCUCUCCUUUGUUCCAACCUACUUGAGCACCAAGGGCAAAUACAUGGUGGCUGUGGAGAUCUUCUCCAUCUUGGCCUCCAGUUUUGGGUUACUGGGUUGCAUCUUUACCCCCAAAUGCUAUGUUAUUUUACUGAGGCCUAAGCUGAACAGCAGGGAGCAGUUAAUUAGAAUAAAGAAUUAAGAACUGACAAGAGUGACUCAAUGGUCCAGGCAAUUCUUUGUCACUGGAAAUACUUCUUUCCAGAUCAUUGUCAGUUGGAUAUUAAUUAAUUGAACACAUGAAGUUAAUAUAAACUGAGUUCCAUAUUUAAGUUUGGUCCUGGUUCAUCAUAUCUCAGUCGACCAUGAUUUAUCCAGACACAUGGCAACUCAUUCGUUUCCACUACUCUCCAUGGUCCUGACAGCAAUGUAAUCAUUGUGAAACCAAAAGGAGUAUUUUGUUAGGUUAUUAACUGACAUAUAAUUUCUCAACCCACCACCAAUUAUCUACACACCCAAUAUUCCACAUCACAAUAUAAAAUCCCCCCUGCCUGCUGAUAAUAGUUCUUCAAUAGUUCUGUUAGAUCUACUUGAGUGGAUUGGGAAGAGUGAUAAGGGAUGCAAACUCAUCCACUGGAUACAAACUUUUUGACCCUGCCUUAAUAUAUUCAGAAAUUUUGCAAAUAUGCACAGGAACACAUAUAUUUGACUCAUAAUAAAUACCUUGCCAUCCCGCUCAGGAAAAUCUUGCUGAGACCUGAACAAAAAGCAACUUGUUUUCUUUUGUAGAGUCCCAGAAGAACUACAGUUUAUGAGUGACCCAUGAACUACACCAGAAUUACCCAAUUUACCAUAAUUGCAUCUCUUAAUUCUUCUAGUUCCGUGGUUCCCAACGUGGGGCACAGGGGGGCAAUUUGAUUUUUAAGGGGGGCAGUUUGAGAAUGAAUUAUGAACAGUUAAUGCUCUUUUAGGCUUCCUCCAAGCAAAC